AUGCUCGCAGAACUCAACUCACCGUUCAAUUUCUCACGCAACAUCAUCCGACCUGGCAGGCCUCUUAGUCACUUUCGAGCGUUUGCAACCGCUCAGUGGCGGAUGACUGCCUUCCUGAACGUCUUACAAUGCAAGCAGCUUCUUGGGUUCUACACCAUUCAACAGCUGAUGAUGGCCCUUCUUCUUGAUCGGAAGAAACUCCUGUCUCUGACAGCAGAUGACAUUGGAAAAAUGCUCAGAAAUCGUACUCUGAGUGUGGUUGAUGUCGUCAAGGCGAUAAGCCAGAGAAUCCAAGAGGACAACAACUGUGGCCUGAACCUCGCUGCCAUCAUCUCUGUGGCACCCGAAGAAAAGCUGCUGGAAUUGGCAGAACAGUUGGAUAGAGAGAUGGCGGAUAACAAGCCUCGAGGGCCCUUACAUGGGAUCCCAGUGGUAAUCAAGGAUUGCUUUGUUACUCAUGCAGAUCUGGGGAUGACCACCAGCGCAGGAAGCAAUGCGUUCUUGCAAAACCGACCCAUGAAAAACGCCCCUGUUGUGGACAAGCUCCUCGCCGGUGGCGCCAUCGUCAUCGGCAAAAGCAACCUAACCGAACUCUGCUGCUUCAAGGGCUACGGACUCGUCGAUGGGUUUUCCUCAGUUGGGGGCCAGACCAAGUCACCGUACGUCUACGGCGACCCUGUGCUAGACGAGGGAGAUCUUUCACCAUGGAGCCCUGGCGGUUCGUCCACUGGGAGUGCGGUAAGCGUCUCUGCGGGUUUCGCCUUCAUCGGUAUCGGCACCGAGACCGAUGGCUCCAUCGUGACACCCUCGUCACGACAGGCUCUUUACUGUUUGAAGCCUUGCCGCGGCCUUAUCGACUGCAGCGGCGCAUUUCGGGUGUCCAGGACACUUGACACUCCAGGAGCUAUGGCUCGCUCUGCUCGAGAUGUGGCAAUGGCUACGACUACCAUGUUGGACGACAGCACGAGGAUCUCACUUCCCGGUGGCUCCUAUGAAUCCUUCUUCAGUGACUCAUUUGAAGGCUUAAAAGUUGGAUUCGUGAAUCCUACUUUGUGGAGAUUGCCGCCUGACUUCUGGGUGCCGAGUGAGGAAGCAAAGCAUCAGCAUGACGCUUCAUACCACGCAGUCAUUCAGACUAUGAAGACUCUGGGUGCCCAAGUAGUCUAUCCCGUCGAGCUCCCCGAGGUCGAGAUGCUGAAAAUUGGCAGCGAGUUUGCUCAAGACAUCGUGCCCUUUUACGAAUGCGCCACAGCAACUGAGGACUUCUUGAAAGAGUACUUCGAGGAGGACUCUAGCAUCCGCAGUCUCGGGGAUAUCGUUCAAUAUAACAAGGACCAUCCGAAAGAGUGUCUCCCAAAGAACGCGCCCGAUCAAGCAUGUCUUAUCAAAGCCGUUGAGAACCCGCCAUCAGAAGACAAAUGCAAGACGGCCUUCGCACAUAUGCACAAAGUGGCCAAGGUUGAGGGGCUCGAUCAGGCUUUCAGCCAGCAUAAUCUAGAUGUUGUGUUCGUCCCCAUGGAUUCUUCCGCUUGCACUCUGAGCACAGCAUCAGGUAAGCCAUGA